CACACCUCACACAGCUCUUUUUUUUACGGACGCACCGAGAGUCGGAGGAUUUCUGCGAAACGCAAUGGACGCCGCGCCUCGCCUGGGACUGUUCUCCAUUCUGCUCCUGCACAUCUGCCUGCCUCAAGUCCUGGUUACCGCGGAGACCCCUCAGGUGCCGGAGUCCAUCUUGCCUCCGACGGAGGUCAUCGCACAGGAGGCGGAAGUUACCGAGGUGACGCUGAGCGCGCCGGCGGUCGAGCAGGAAGCGGCGGCGCAGGACGUGACGCAGGAAGCGGCGCAGGAAGUGUCACAGGAAGUGACGCCGGACGCCGAAGAGGUCGCGGCGCAGCGCGUCCCGGAGGACGCGGCGGAGGAGGCCGCGCCCGAAGCCGCUGUCGCCGAAGCAGCGGACGCCGCGGAGCAGGAAGCGGAGGCCGGCGAGGAGGUCAGCCAGGAAGUAGCGGCGGAGCCCGCGGAGGAAGCCGCGCCGGCGGUGGAGGAGCCGGCUCCUGAGGAGGAGGCGCAGGAGGAGGCGCAGGAGGUCGUGGCGGAGGUGGCGGUGGAGGCGGGAGACCGCGGCUGA